CCUCAGCCUGCGGCGAGGACUCUUCUGCGCAGGGACAUCCUCCCGGUGCCAGUGAUCCGGAGAAGCGCCACGUUGAUGCUGGUUGUCUUUGUGCUUUGGCUAUGUCAGUGCUUUUUCAUCCCUGCUGUGCCACCUUACCUUUGUUUGGUAAUCUCCAAGAGCAGAAUGUCACCUUUGUGGUCUCUAUGUUGGAAGGCAUGUCCUCCAAGCAAGAUUUUCUGAAGGAACAUCUCAUAAAGACUCUCUUCUUGAUGGCCAACAGUCCAACAGAGUCCAUGUUCAACAUCAUAAGUUUUGCCAGCAAGGUGGUAAAAUGGUGCAGUAGUAUGGUCAAAUGUUCGCUCAGUAGCAUAAUUGAAGCAGCUGCCUGGAUUAGAACUCUGCAGUGUGGGAAGGGUGCAGAUGCUGUGGGCGCUUUGGCUUUGGCACUUGAAGACCCCACCUGCCAGGUGGUAUACUUGGUCACUAAUGCACUCUCUGAAAGUGCUUCAGAAGAAAUCUGUAGCCUUCUUGCAGAGACUGGGGAGACACGUCCCGUGCACACUGUGUACCUGGUCGAAAAGCCAAGUGAUUAUGAAAGCAGCACGCAAAAAGUAUUGGAGAAAGUAGCCAGACAAUCUGGAGGAUCCUUUCAGGUGAUCACCCCACAUUCCUCUGGAGCUGCAGGAGAGGUAAAUCCAGAAUGCACCUCAAGCAUCCAUUGCUGCAAUGCUAUCAGUAAAUAUCAGUCUUGUUCUCUGCUGAUGGGUUAUCCCAAAGGACACUUUCCUGUGUGUGGAUGGAGCCGAAAUUCCCCUAGUAAACCUCUGACAACCUUGAUAAAGGGAAAUAUAAUGAACUGGUUCCCAGAAGCUCCCCAUUUGCUGAGGGGGGCCCGAGUCCUGGCUAGGAGAGAGACCGAUGGAUAUUACUAUCUGGGCCACAUUGCUCAAGAAGUAAAGGGCUCCAGGGAAUGUUUUUUAAUUGAGUUUGAGAAAAGUCGGUUGCUGAGAGGCAAGGUGCAGUUUCGCAUGCAAGAAACACCCCUCUAUGACAUUAUCCACUAUGAAGAUGCCAGGCGACAGCCACUAGCUCCAGGAGACAGAGUCUUGGCACCAUGGGAGGCUAAUGGUGAACGAUAUGGUCCAGGCACUGUACUAAAGGGUGCAGAGAGCACAGACACACAGUUAGCCAGUGAAAACAGCAGAGUGCUGGUGAAUUUCUGGAAUGGUCAGACUAAGAAGGUGGCCUCUGACUUAGCUUUAUGGAUUCCUCUGCCUCUGAGUGAACGCAUCAUCCUUGAACUUCAGAUGCCAUUAGCAGCCAGGAAAAUGUUGGUAGACUCCAGCUCAGACUAUCCCUACAUUGUGACACCUGGUUACAGAGCUUCAGGGCAUUGUAGACUGGAUCACUUAAAUUCAGUUUGCUGGCAGGGUUCCAUGCAAGUUCAGUCACAUCCUAAUUGCAACUCUGGAUGUUCUUCACUUUGCCAUUGCUGCCUUGCAGCCUGGGUGCCCAUCAGGCCCUCAGUGAACCGAACACAACCAGAAGACGAUCUGAUCCCAGGAACAAGCCUGACCAAAGAAGAGCUGAGCAGGAAGAUAGAAGAGCAGCUGUCUAAAGGGAGAGUCCCUGUUUCAGGCAGAGUCUCAAGAAAGGAAGACCAAAAGGCAAAGAAGAAGAGACUACAGAAAGAAAGUACCUCUAAAGAUUUAGGAUCCUGUGUGGGAAUGGGAAACAAGGUUACAGAACCCAAUAAGAGCCCUCAGAGGGAAAUGGCUUCAACAGACUUGACGGGAGAUGCUCCUGUCAUGGUGGAUGCUGCUGUCCAUCCAGACACCUGCCUAAUGGAACCAGGGCACAGUAACAAAGAAGAUGGCAGAUGCUAUGGGGCUGAUCAUGAGUCUCUUCUGAAGAAUGAACCCGGUAUUGCUCUUUUUCAGUCCAGCACAACAGAAGCUACAGCCCAGUGUCCUCCAAUAAACCCUCCUCUGAAAGUACAGGCUUUCAGCACUUCCAGUCUCCAAGCUGUGUUUAACCGAGUGGAGCAAUCUCUGAAGAAAGACCGUUUGACGAUUGAAUCAGUUCUGCAUAUACAGAGACCCCACAGUGCUCUGAGUACACAGAAAUCAGUCACCAAAGGUACAACUCAAAGGAACCUAAGAGAGAUGAACUUCAACACAGCCAGGAUUGAGCACAGAAGGAAGCAAGAAGAGCAGAGGCAGCAGAAGCGGGAACAACAGCAAGAGGCAGAAGGCCUCAAACGCCAGUUGAUGCGUGACAGCAAGCGGCAGAGGUCACUUCAGAGGACACUGCAAGCCUUGGAGAAGCAGCUGGAGUUCAAUAAUAAGGCCUGGCAGCAUAUGGCAAAGCUCCAGACUGCCAAGGCAGAGAGAAACAGAAAGGAGUUGUCUUUGAAGGAAGAGGAGAAGAGAAAGGAGAAUGAAAGGCUGCAGUUCUUAAAGGCACAGCACUUGCAGAGAGAGGAGCUGCAGGCAGAGUACAACAAGAAGAGCUAUGAUCAAGACAAAAAGAGACAGGAUAUGCUGCAGAGCAGAAUGCAAUCCCGGCAGGAGACCUUAGAACAAGAAAUCCAGGAGCACGACAUGCAGCAGAAGCAGCAUGGGGAUGCAAAAUGGACAGCCUUCCAAAAUCGGGAUCGUUUUCAACAGAAGAUGGAAAAAGAGUGCCCAAAACAUCGUAACCUCCAGCAGUACCUCAGAGAGCAAAACCUUUUGAUGCUCCGGGCUUCACUGCUGUCAUAAAAAGCCUGCUACAUAGGCAAGCAGGCCUAGGAACACUGUAAAACUUUAAGUGUGAGUCCACAUGCUAAUGUCCGGGAAAUGGUGCUGUUGAGGCAAGCAAAAAUAUUAUUAUUAGAGCUAGUUGAUAUCUUCCCUUCAUCACAGCCAAAGAGCCUUUUCAGCUUUUUCUUUUGGAGAUGCUAAUCAGUCUACUGAGUUUGAAGACACCCAGCUUGAUGUCUGGCUUCCAUGUGCCUUACAUGCUACACAUGUAGUAGUCUAGCAGAUGGAUGCAACUCAGGUCAGGGCUAGGGAUGAUAAUGCUCAGCAAGCGAGAAAGGAAUUUGCAGUGUGAUUUGCCAUCUCAAAACAAAAAAACACCCAAAACCUAGUGUUGAGGUUCAGACAGGCAUUAGAGGGAGCAGGAUGGUGACAGUCCCUGCCCAAGACAGCGUUGCUGCAAGGUUGCAUUCAUUUCUGAGUCUCCGAGUGAAAGGAAGAUGGCAACAAACUGGAGGGAGUGAAGCAACAUAAUGAUUUUAUGGGACUGACUCACUUAGAAUCAAAGAAAAAAAAUAUUGUAUAGCAAGGGAGAGGAACAUCAAGCUGUAAACACCAAAGAAGGAGAAUUAUUAUUUAGGCUUCUAAAGAGGUAUACUUAAGGAAUAUACCCUAAGGGACAUAAAAAUAAGAAAAAGUAGGAAUAGGGAUAUACAAAUAAGAAAAAUUUGAAUGUCAGGAAAAGCUUCCUGAAACCACCAUUUGUUGAGCUCUGUAUUACCUUCCCAUGAGAGCUGUGGAAGCCCCAUCCCUGUAGCCAUUUUAAGUGAACAGCCAAAGGAAGUAUAUUGUUGGGAACAAUUCAGCACUGGCAAGAGGGGAAACCACAUGACUAGGUGUGACAUUCUGUACCUCAAAGCAGCUCCCUGGAACCACCAUAUUCACCACUGUGAUAUGAUUAGGAUAUGCUUUGUACAAA